AAAAAUCCAGCAGUAGGUGGCGGAAGGGAGCAAUAGGAUGCCAUAGAUGUUUUGUUUAUGUUUUGUUUUAGGCAGUUAUUCUUUAGCCUAGACCUAAUCCACAUUCUUGCUGACAGCAGAGGAAUCUUCUGAGAGGAUUCCUUCCUUAGCAGAGACCGAGCGAACAGGUCAGCUGAGUGUUAGCAUGUUAGCAUGUCAACUUGGGAUUUAGCAUUCAGACACCGAGCUUACAGCCGCUUUAUUUAAGUCUUUUGUAGUUUAACCGCCAACAAUAGUGUUACCAGAGCGUCAAUUUUGUGAUCUAACAUUAAAAAUCACAGUCAGGUGGCUGUUUUAGCAUUAUUGUUGUGUUAGCAGCUAAGGGACGAAAUUAUCCUAGCAACAUUAGCUAGCUCUGAUGGCGUCUGCGUGCAGAGCUUGGAAGAAGUUUUGAGAUUAUUCCGUAGACCGUCUGCACCUACAAAAGUAAAUGCCGAUUAAAUGGCAAAACCCGAGCAGGGCAAUGGACUCGAAAUCCGUGGCGGAACCGAGAAGCUGACGGACCGCGAGAAAGGGCAGGCAAACGGGACCACCACCAUCCCCGGAGAAGAAGACCAGCAGCAGGUGGACAAGUACGGCUUCACCGGAGGAGCUCAGCAGUACUCCGGAGACAGCGCUGAAGUGAUCCCAACGGAGGUGUUGAGGCAGCGUGAAGCGAAAUGGCUGGAGAUGCUGAACAGCUGGGACAAGUGGAUGGCCAAAAAACACAAAAAAGUGAAAGAGCGCUGUCAGAAAGGAAUUCCUCCAUCCCUGCGGGGCCGGGCCUGGCUCUACCUCACUGGCGGCAAAGUGAAGAGGGAGCAGAACCGUGGCAAGUUUGAGGAGUUAGACAAGCAGCCAGGAGAUCCCAACUGGGUUGACAUCAUUGAGAGGGACCUUCAUCGACAGUUUCCUUUCCAUGAAAUGUUUGCAGCGAGAGGAGGUCACGGGCAGCAGGAUCUGUUCCGUGUGCUGAAGGCUUACACUCUGCAUCGACCUGAAGAAGGUUAUUGUCAGGCUCAGGCUCCCAUCGCUGCUGUACUCCUCAUGCAUAUGCCAGCCGAGGAUGCUUUCUGGGUUCUUGUCCAGAUCUGUGAAAAAUACCUUCCUGGAUACUACAGCACAGGGCUGGAGGCCAUCCAGCUGGACGGGCAGAUCCUGCACGCCCUGCUGCGGCGGGUGUCCCCUGUGGCCCACCGCCACCUAAAGAAACACAAACUGGAGCCCGUCCUGUACAUGACUGAGUGGUUCAUGUGCGCGUUCUCCCGGACUCUGCCGUGGGCCUCGGUGCUGCGAGUCUGGGAUAUGUUCCUCUGUGAGGGAGUGAAGAUCCUCUUCAGAGUGGGCCUGGUCCUCCUGAAAUGCAUGUUGGGAACUCAAGAGAAACUGAAGUCCUGCCAAGGUCUUUAUGAGACGAUGGAGCUGCUCAAAGCCAUCCAGCCACAGUACACGCAUGAAGCCUUUCUGGUCCGUGAGAUUAUAGAGUUACCAGUGUCAGAGAAGGACAUUGAGAAGGAGCACCAAGCUCAGCUGCGGCGCUGGAAGGAGACUCAUGGAGAUCUCUGCAGUAAGUCCCCUCCGAGGAUGCACGGCGCUAAGGCCAUCAUAGCCGCUGAGCCACCCAGCCGGCAGGAGCUGUGGCAGAGACCUACCAUCAUCGUGGAGUCCCCGCUAGACAAACCCACGGGCAGCAGACACGCUAAAAAGGAAAAUGGACACACGGCAGUCCUCCCUCCUGUUGAGGUGGUCAACCCUUACGCUCCCUCCAGUAACCCGUCCCCACUGCUCAAACACAUGAUAGUAGAGGGGUCCAAAGAGAGUCUGACCAGCUCCGAACACGACACGUAUCUGUAGCAGCGCAAAGUGCACACCAGUUUACAAACAAGCAUUCCAUACGGCUCUAUUUCAGCAGCAACACUCAACAGUUGUGAACAUAAAUGUAUCCAAAAGUCUGUGAAGCUGAAGGCGUAACCUUUCAUCCUGCCUAGGUGCUGAAGUAGAUCUAAACCCUGCUUCCUGCAGCCUUCAUUGCAAUCAUUACACUUAUGUUGGGGGGAUUUAUUUUUGUUUUGUUUUAAAGUGUAGUUUUAUGGAACAUCACAAACACUUCAGUGGCUGUGUUUACAUGUGCAGCUAUAUUCUAAUAUUAACUCAGUUUGCACCUUAUUCUGAACAAAACCACAGUUUUAACUUUUACUGAUCAUCUCAAUCUGAAUAAACUCACAUUUAGGGUAUGAAAUAACCAAAUGAGGCUUCUGUAGAUGGACACACGCCUUGAUUUGCACUAUUACAUCCUGCUGACUUUUUAUGGCAUUUUGCAACACGUGCUGCAGAUUUGCGUCAGUGCAGACAGAUUUACAUGAGACGAAGCGCUUAUGGAGCGAGGAAAGAAUUUGAGUAAAGAUUUGCCUCUUGGAAUAAGUUGGAAGAAGAGCUCAAACACUGCAGUGACGCAGAGGGAUUUCAUGUAGUCGUGAUGUUGUGACAUGGAUGCAGGAAUAUGAAGGGAUUUUCCAAUUUGUGGCUUUACCAUCUAUUAACCUAAAAGCAAAGUUAAUAAUCAGAAUAUUGUGCAUGCAAGCAUAGCCUCUGAGGAUUUACUUCUAUUAAUUUGAAGCCAAUGGUUUCAUAGGACCAACCGUUCAGAGAUAUCUACUUAUUAUUGCUUAUUUUUUGCUGCUAUUCUUAUAGAUGGUGCCAAAUUACUUUAGAGCUUCAUAAUUUCUGUUGAGCUGCUCUAAUUGUCCGUUUUCCCCACAUUAGUCACUACAUUGCCAACUACAUUUGCUAGUUUCAUUCCCACCGAUGCACAGAAGAGCGUCGGAUCAGUCGUGUCAUUUUUCUGUCCUCACUCUGCGUCAACACAUGGGGGCGUCCUGACAUUACACAACAGCCUCAGCAGAGAGCAGCAGUAAGAAUGAAGCUGUGUGACAAUCAAAUGAAGGAGCAUUUUAUGCCAAAAAACCAAAGAUUUAUAAUCCAUUGUUUUUAUAGUAUAUCUAAGUAAUAUCGUAUUUUUAAAUAUUUUUGUAUGGGUAGAAGAGUUUAUAUUUAUGUUGAGAAUGAAAGGAGAGAAAUUCAGAAUAUAUAUUUUUAGUUGAAAAUGCAAGGAUUUUGGUUUCUUUGAAAAAAAAAUAUUGAAAUUGGAUUUUAAAAAAUGGAAUGAAAUCAGCUUUUAAACCAUUUUAAAUCUACUGUAUGUUUGAGCAAGAAAUUAACGUGACGUUUUUAAAAGCAGGAUUGGAAAACGUAAAAGAAAAUGAAAAUCAGAAGAGACACAAACCUGUAAAAAAAAUAAUGAAUAACUUUUUUAAAAAAAUCAUUUUGUGUAAAUGAAAUCAUCGUCAACAUUUAUUACUCCAGAAGGUUGUUCAUUUGUCAUUAUUUGUGAUGUAACCAGAUUAUUCAAAUUAUUGUUUUGCUCAGUGAUUGUAUGUCAGAAAUGUUGUUAUGGAAAGAACGAGGGUUUGUGUUGGUUAUAAAAGUGUAAACUUUUAAAGUAAAAGUUGUGGAUUUUU